AAAAAGUAACGUAGGGUAGGCUAACAGUCUUCAUUGUUCCUGAAGGUCGACGAGAGAGUUGGUUUGGGAAAGUGAAAACUUUAGUUUUCAUUUCUUUAGUAGUUUUGAGAAGAUAUUCAUGAUAGAGUAGCAAUUUUAUUAUAGUCCAGCACUGGAUACUUGUGAGAGAGGAGCGAGCACGGAGGGUCUAAAUACAGUACCAUAGAUAUCAACCAUUUAUUAUAGUCCAGCACUGGAUACUUGUGAGAGAGGAGCGAGCACGGAGGGUCUAAAUACAGUACCAUAGAUAUCAACCAUUUAUGGUUUCGCAUAUCUCCAGUCGGGAACCCCUUGAUAUAUAUAGAUAUAAAUAUGCGUAUUGACUUUGACGGUGUAUAUUAUACCUAAAUAAAUUGAACCAGUGCAUCCGGGGUCGGUUACAUUUGUCGUUGACCAUAAAGUCUUAACAGUUAAGAAUUAUGCAUAAAAUAUGCCAAUGACACUUUGACAACAUACAUUUGAAUACAUAACAAAAAUAGGUAUUGGAUGGAGAAAACGACAAACAGUAGAAAUGAUCAAAAAACGUUUUUAUAAAGUCGUACUUUUCUCCAUUGCAUGUAUGAUGUUUUUGAAAAUAUGGCAGAGUAAACAAAUAAAUACAUUGUCACCUGAGUAUAUGCAGCAAUACGAUGGAAGUACAGAUACUUUAGGAAGUGCACCCUACAGAGACGUAACUUCGAGAGAACAUGUGCCUUCUGAUUCUGUGCAGAUGUUUAAAGAGGAGAGUUCUAAAAGUUGUGUUAAACGUUUCCCUAAAGCAAUAAUACCCGGCGUGGCUAAAUGCGGAACGUUUGCAUUGCUUUAUUUCCUAAGGAAGCACCCACAAAUUGCAGCACGCGUGUUGACAGAUAAGGAACCCAAUUUCUUUUCGCGUAGAGGAUCAUAUCACGAAAGAUACAACGAGUUGUUUGAAUUUCUGUCUGAAAUCAAUCCAGAAGAAAGAUUAUUAAACAUAACGUCACAGCAGUGGAAUUAUUCAAACGAGAAUGGCAACUUUAAACGGCCAUCGGACCUGGAUCUUUACCGAGAAAUUAUGCCAUGUAGCUACAGCAACCAAAUCACGAUGGAAAAAUCUCCAACGUAUUUUUUGUCCAAAUUUGCAGCUGAACGAAUAAAGGCUUUGGACGCAAACAUAAAACUGAUUUUUAUAGUGAAGGAACCGGUGGAGAGGAUACUGUCUCAUAUUGCUAUGUUCAAUGACCUUGGCAAAAAUGAUUCUAAUUUGUCAGUGGAAAAUACUGUAUUCGCAAAAUCAGCGGACAGAAGUAACAAGACCGUUGAUGGAGAUGCUACGGUCAUUACGAUUUCAGAUUACCAGUUGCAUAUACGAUCUUGGUUGGAUCAUUUCCGGCGUGAACAAAUACUGUUCAUUGAUGGAGAUGAAAUGGUGCGAUACCCCUUAGGUGAGUUAAAGAAAGUGGAACAGUUUCUUGAUAUCAAACCAUUCUUUAAUCGAUCGAUGUUUAAAUAUAACGAAUCGAAAGGGAAAUAUUGUUUCGUGAAUGGAAAAGACAGUGAAAGCGAAUGUCUACGGAAAGGUAAAGGAAGAGAACAUCCGAAGAUCAACGCUGAAACGAGAAAACUUCUUCAAGAGUAUUUCGCUCCAAAAAAUGAACAAUUUUUCCGUUUAGUGAACAGAACAUUUGACUGGUGAAACUUCUUAUAAAUGUUUUUGGGUGUGUAAUAAAACAUCCCUCAUGUGGGUUUGCACAGGUUUGUGUUGAACUUGGAAUUAUUUCCAUUCCAUAAAGAAGUACCUGAUAUAAUACUAAAGUAUAAAAUAUAUACCAAAUUUUAUACAGUCUGAAAUGCGAACAACCUGUGUUUGCUUGAAUAUUUUGUCAUUGCGUAGGAAAUUUAAUAAAUGUUUUUCUUUUGACCUACAUUAAUAAAGGUAAUAUAGUGUGUUUUGAUAAUAUGCUUAAACUUUUAUUGAAUGUCUCUUAUGUUUGUGUCAAUCACUAUUUGAAUGGUAAUAUAUGCGCUGAGUAAGUUCAUUUUAAAACGCAUACAGAUUUUCCAAAUUAAGUCCAAUUUGAUGCACGGAAAUUUGAACUUUUAACUUCAUUUUUAUGUUUUAAUGAGUGUGCCAGUUGGGCCGCAUUUGAGCAGAUACAUUA